GACAGACAGUGGUUUAAAAAAAACUUAAACACCAGACACUUGAUCGGCAUUAAUUUACAAAAAGUGUGUUCACCUUUCUCCUGAAGACGAUCAGAGUAUAUACUGAUUGAAACUUUCACUUAUCAACCACCUGUUCUGUUCAGAAUCAACACAUACUAAAAAUAGAUAUUUACAUGGUGUUACCGCAAACCUCACCUACUUAUAUAACAUACCUACUCCCACCAUAGAGUAGCAAGGACCACCAUGUAAAAGCUUCAAAUUGAGUAUUUUUAUUUGUAUUAUCAUUAAUCAUAGCAAAACCUGAUCAUCCUGAAGUUUUUAUAUCGUAUAGAUUAUAGCCUACAUGUAAUUUGUUUACAUUAUUUAUGUUUUUGUACCCUAGAUUACAAUAGCCUACAUGCCUACAUUUACUUGUUUACAUUUUAUGUAACAACAUGCAAUGCCCUAGCAGUGGGUAUUCCAUGUUUUACAUACAUUGUACAUGUACUUGUUUACAUUUUAUGUAACAACAUGCAAUCCUAGCAGUGGGUAUUUCGGCAUGUUUUACAUAGCGGCUUGUCAACAUUCAACAGUCGAGGAAGCAUGCGACAACCUGCACGGGGUGAUACGGGUCACAUUCCUGCCGCGCUUCAGCGAUGAAUCGGGAAAAUAAUCCGGCAAUAACCAAAUAUAAUUUGUUUUGCACCACGCGAUUCUUGUUAUACAAUGUACAGACGUACAUUUUGUUGUAGUAUAAAGCUAGUUUGAUAUGGACAUUGGACAUUCACGUAUGGUUUGUAUUUCACCUACAUAUGGUUUGUGCUUUCUUGUUUUGAUAAUUUGACAUUCGCAUAGGUUAGUACAGUGAAUGUUCGAAUGUCCAUUAUCAAACCAUGUAGGUAGAAUGUUCAAACUAACUUUACUGUCAUAAUUUAUUACUGCACAUGUAGUUAUUAUCUUUACUAAAUAAAUAGGUUCGCUGUCCUAGGGCGGCUGAAGUAAUCCUAUCAUGUGAAUACUAACAAAAAAAUGUUUAAGGAAGAUAGUUUUUCUGACCGCGCGACUGCAGUAAUCAAAGUCAGCAACAGCAACAUUUGAAAUCCAAGUUUUUUUUUCUUUUUAAACCCGUCAUCAUAAUUUGUCCCAAAUCAUAAGAGUGGAUUACAAAAAAAAAAAGUUGGCGUUAGGGCUGCAUUCAAAUCGGUCAAUCAUAGGUCAAUCGCCAUUUUCUUUAUUCGUGGUGGAAGGUUUUACAAGCCUCACAUUUAUAUGCAAAAGCGAAUUUUAUUUGUUUCUAUCUCUCUCUUACUUCGUUUUCUUUUGUCAGCAUUUGAAAAAAAGGAUGUCAACAAAAAUCCGCUUAAAAUUAAAUUUUGUGAAGCAGUAAUACAAUCGUAGUUUUUAUUUCAAAUGGCCUCGUAUACAAUAUUGUCCACCCUUGGUCUGUUUACUUGGUUCCUCGCAUCGGUGUCAAUUAUAUCGUCAGCUUUAGUCGCCCUUCCCCUGCAGAAAGCCUCAUGAAAUCAUGCUUGAAACCAAAUUAAGUUUGCACAGUUUUUAAUAAAAUAUUUAAUGGACAGAUGGACUCCUGUUGCUAAACUUAAUGAAGCUUGUAUAAUGAUGUCUCGUCUUGUACACAAACCAAGUUAGCGAUUGUCAACACAAGCUUUACACGGUCCAUUCACACAACCGCCCACAUACCACAGGCUUUGUAUGUUGUCUAGUUAUUGUGUUUAUUGGUUCCCCCAUCCAUGCUGUAACGAAUCAGCCGUGACUGAGUCACAAUAAGAACAGUAUUUUUCACUCUUGUUGUUUUGUCAAAAAAGUAUCCCCCCUCAGUUCAUCACUCAUGAAAACACCAACUUUAUAAGUCCAGCCGGAUACACUGUAGUAUAGUGAGAACAUUGUUUUGGUGUAAGUUGAGAAUUGGAUAUUCGGAUUGCACGCUGUGUGGAGGCUGAGAACUGAAAGUGCCCUGAGAAUUUCCACAGGGUUAAAUGGAAACUGUGUGUUGGUGUUGCGUGUACUUUUACGGAUGGGGUUAUGUUACCAACUGUGAGGCAUAAACCUGUGGAAAAAAAGACCUGUCUUCACGCUGGGACGUAAAGAACAAAAACGUAUUGAUGUCUUGACCGAACACGCAUCUUUUCACGUAGUCUUGCGAACCAGUGGCGGAAAUAGAUUGGUGAGUCAUUGGAAUCACUAUUGAUUGUUAUAGCUUUAUAGUGUUUAUCACAACUCAGUUGUGCUCUGCUCCCUUAGCGUGUGACAGAUUUGACUGCUCUCAUGGAAGUUUGACAGCCCAGACAACAUCAUGAUGAAACUAUUGCCAGUUUCGGUUGUCGUCGUCGUCGCUGUCAUUGUCACCAGUCAAGCUGCCACUGUCCUCGUACACCAGGAUGUAACACUGACUUGCAGCAUCGGCCCGACUGCCCCGAGAUCGUCAGCAGUGUUUUGGUAUUCAAAUGGGAUCCAUGAAUACCUCACCAGUGACUUUACCACGAUCAAUGAGCUUAACAACACCGCUCGAUCGGUUUAUCGUCGUCUCUCCGCGGUUGGUUCUGGGAUUAGAGGAAAGUACAAUCUACAAAUCACUGAUGUAAGACCAGAGGAUGAGGGGGUUUACGUUUGUGGCUAUUACCAGCCGAACGGUACGUGGUUUACAGUGAAGACAGAGAAGCUAGAUGUCCUCAUCCCACCUGCCCGGGAGUUCCCCGCAUGUUCUGUUCAGACGACCAGUGAUGCUCUCCUCGCCCCGGGGAUGUUGGUGAAUCUCACCUGCAUCUCUUACGGUGGUAACCCACCGGCAACUUUGGAGUGGUACAGGGCAGGGGUACGUAUGGAGGGUGUCACAGCACACGGCGGGUUGUGGGUUUAUCUUCAGCAUCGUAUACUUGACAGCGACAGUGGGGUUGAGUUUACAUGUCAAGCGAGCAGCCCAGCACUAUCAGAGCCGAAAAGCUGCAGUAUAACACCCUAUCGGAGAGCUUCACAGCUGUACAUUGAACACGAACACGGAGGACUUGUUGCUAUGGGAGAAUCGGCAACAUUUACAUGCGCCAACAGAGACAUUCUCUUGCACGAUGAUGAGGUUUAUUACCGAUGGUACAUCAAUGGUGCAUUGGUGGAGGAGAGAGAAACCAAAACAAUGAUAAUAGAUGAUGGAAGGAGCCUUACUCUUCUCAACAUCACCACUGAGUAUAAUAAAUCAACUGUUUCUUGUGAGAGAGUCGAGGAGCUCGCUGCAAGAAGCUCAGCAUCUAUGUCAAUUCUGGUCGUGUCUCCAUCAUCGCUGAACCACACACCGGUGCUUUAUCAACCGGAACAACCUGACUAUUCCACAAAAGAUCCACCCCUCGGCCCCACUACAAUUGGACUAACUAUCGGUGCCUUCUUCUGUGGUAUGUUUCUGAUGCUCUUCUUGAUUUUUGUCUUGUGGCUCGCUGCAAACGCCCGCCGACGCGGACGUUUCGACGUCAGUCAUAAAUCCAGCAACGGCAGACAUUUCGUCGGGUGGCAAAAGAUUGCCCCUAGAACAACCGAAGUAGAGAAAUUCGACCAUUGUGCCAUUCACCUUGAAAAAUCUUCCCCGGUGCGCACCUUCAAGAAACCCAUCAGUGGACAACCCGCCACCAACAUGUAUGAGUCAGUGAAAAAUGCGACCGUUCACCGAGAUGACCCUUCCGGUGGUUGCAAUGGCGUGGGUGUGAUGACAACGCCCCCUAUGACUAUGAGUCAGAAUGCGAAGCUAGCUGCCUCUCACGACCCUCUCCCAACGUACAAGAAACCUUCCCCGCUGAGACUGAUGAGCGAAUCGGGGAGACCUUUACUCCCCUCCUCGUCGCCCCGGAGUCGUGGUUACUCAGUGGAUAGGGACUACACUGCAUCAAUGCCGGACCUUGCCCUACGAUACUUCGGCGAGCCAGUACUGUCGGCACUCGAUCACGACUACGUCAAUCUCCCCGCCGUACCGUCUUCGUCCCCGAAAGAUGGCUCGGGCAGCUCUACUCCCUCGUACGUAAACUGUGAAUUCGCGAGCACCAUCUCACCACCAAAAAGUACGAGGUUGUCAUUACCAAAAUCAAAUCCGCAAAAGAAGUCUUUGUCUUAUGCCGAACUUGACUUGCCGUGUGUCGGUGAUAGAUCUCCAACGCCCGUGUCGCCGAAGAGCCCGGCCGAACACAAGUCAAGAGCCGGUAGUGUAUCCGUUGGGCGCACUAAUUACGCUGAGAUAGCUUACGUUUUUAAAGACAGAAGGCAGCAGAGUUUGCCAUCAGUUAAACUGGUUGGACUCAGUGAAGGGUUUGGCGUGAAAGUCUAAAAGGCCUUGUCAUAAGGGGCAUGUUUUUUUAUUCGGGCAACUUGGGGUCAACCGACUGCACUUGUGAGUGCAACAAGGAGAACUUUGGCAGCGCAAGAGGCAUUCUUCUGUGGAUCCCCAAGAAAAUAACUAUUAGAACACUUAAAUGGGAAUGGGGUUUCUUCUUGGAGAUUGACUGGGACUUUAGUUGCCUGUAAGUUGCCCCAUGUGAGGCACCCAUGAUAUAACGACAAACGCUUUUUAACUGUAUAAUUACCAGGGAUACAAUAAUUUUCUUAGCAUAUUGACAGUUAACCUAUGAGUGACACCUGUUUGCUUCUAGUCAUGUGCCUACAUGUGAUCUAUUCUGAUAUCAGUAAACGACAAUGUCAGUGUUGAGAAGGGACCAAUUUCAUAGAGCUGCACACAAAAGUAUGCUUACAAGAAUAAGGUUAUCAGCCAAACUACCCUGUCACAGUGUACAGUUUACAAUUGGUAUCCUGCCCAUUUCUGCACAGCAGACAAUAGGGACUUUUCGUUUUCGACGACGGAUGGU